CCGGAAGUGAUUUCAUCCAACAUGUUUUCAGAAAUUAUUUCCAGUCAUUUUCCCGAAAUAGACAGUGAAUACUUGGAUUAUGUUACUGGUAUCCUCUCUGAAGGCAGUGAUGAAUUUUCAUCAUCAGAUGAUGUCUACGAGGCUGUUGGGGAGGUGCUCCAAGGCUUGGAUGAUAAGCCAGAUGAUGACAUUGAGAAACUCUGCAAGGAGCUCUUCAACAUGAUGAAAGAUGAUAAAAAGGCCAGUAAAGGUCCAGUACGGAUCCUAGAUGCCCCAAUGCAGAUGGGAAGUUUAACUGAUGCAGGGAAUGGUACAGGAGAUGAUCAUAGCAUAUGGAUUGCUAAAAAGGAUACUUCCUCGACUGUUGACAAAAAAAAGUUAGGAAAGGCUGAGGAGAAAAUCAAACAAAAACAGGACAAGCGUGCUGCAGAUGACAGCAAAUUUAGAGCUAAACCAGCAGAGAAAGGUAUGGCGACUGCUAGUCAACAGGAGAGCAGGAAAGAUGACUAUGAAAACAAUGACCCAAGUGUUAAAGUCUCAGACAUAAGAAUAGACAACUUUGAUGUCUCAUUUGGUGAAAGGAUAUUACUCCAAAAUGCUUCUAUACUUUGUGCCUUUGGCAGGCGCUACGGGUUGGUGGGCAGGAAUGGUGUGGGAAAAACCACUCUUCUUCACAUGAUCUCAAGUGGCAUAUUAAAGAUUCCGGCGUGUAUAAGUAUACUACAUGUUGAGCAAGAGGUAGUUGGAGAUGACACGCUAGCCAUACAGAGUGUUCUAGAAGCUGAUGAACACAGAGAAGCUCUCAUCAAAGAAGAGAAAGAAAUCAAUGCAACUCUGAAUGCAGCUGGCUCUAAAAGGGCUCGAUCAGAUAGUAAACUGAGUGGCAGACUAGCAGAGAUUUACCAAGAGAUGGAAGAUAUUGAAGCUGACAAGGCCCCAGGAAGAGCUGCUGUUAUACUCAUUGGUUUAGGCUUCAGCGACCAAGACCAGCAGAGAACAACAAAAGAAUUUUCGGGAGGUUGGAGAAUGAGAUUGGCAUUGGCCAGAGCUUUAUUUAAAAAACCAGAUCUGCUUCUACUUGAUGAACCCACUAACAUGUUGGACAUGAAGGCCAUUAUAUGGCUUGAAAGUUACUUACAGACAUGGCCUACCACACUAUUGUUAGUGUCUCACGACCAGCAGUUCCUCAACUCUGUUGUGACAGACAUUUUCUACAUGCACUCGCGGCAAAUAGAUCACUAUAAAGGAGAUUAUAACAUGUUUGUUCAGACUAGGAAUGAGAAACUUAAAAAUCAACAAAAAGAAUAUGAGUCACAAAAAAUGUAUAGAGAUCAUAUACAGGUAUUCAUAGAUAGGUUUAGAUACAAUGCCAACCGAGCCUCAACAGUCCAAAGUAAAAUCAAGCUAUUAGCAAAAUUACCGGAGCUGAAACCAGUUGAAAAAAUCUCAGAAGUUGUGCUUAAAUUCCCUGAAGUUGAUAAACUAAAUGGGACUGUCCUCCAAUUGGAUGAGGCCUCCUUCCACUAUGAUCCUGCAAAACCCAUAUUUGAAAAGAUGGAUGUAGCUGCCUCCAUGGAUUCAAGAAUAUGUAUUGUGGGAGAGAAUGGUGCUGGUAAGACCACCUUACUGAAGCUCCUACUAGGUGCACUGGAGCCAACCAAAGGAUUCUUGCAUAGACAUAGGAAUAUAAAGCUGGGAUACUUCAGUCAGCAUCACGUAGACCAGCUGGACAUGAACUCAAAUUCUGUUGAAGUAAUACAGAAACAGUUGCCAGGUCAUCAUGUAGAGAUUUAUCGCGGUGCACUGGGAGCAUUUGGUGUCUCUGGGGAACUAGCUUUGCGUCCAGUUAUCAGUCUGUCUGGAGGACAGAAAAGUCGUGUUGCAUUUGCAGUCAUGUGUUUUGGAAGUCCCAAUUUCCUGAUACUUGAUGAACCUACCAAUCACUUGGAUAUAGAAACAGUGGAGGCAUUAGGGCAUGCCCUCAACAAGUUCAAGGGAGGCGUCAUCCUAGUAUCUCACGACGAGCGUCUGAUCAGAAUGAUAUGUACAGAACUUUGGGUUUGUGCUAAUAAGACAGUGACAGCCCUAGAAGGUGGCAUAGAUAAAUACAAGGAACUUGUUGAAAGUGAGAUCAAAUUUGCAGAAUAGGAUGAAAUCCACUGGAAGUGAUUUGAUAAGGCAGAAAAUUAAGAAAAUAAACCAAAUCUUGGUGUCAAUGUGUCUAAUGGUUGGUAAUUCUCUUUGGACUUUCCAACUCUUGCAUCAAACUCAGAUAUCUACAAAUAUUGUACUUUCCCACCAGCAUAAAUUCAUUUAAGAGAGAAUGAGUGUCCGGGGCUUGAUUCUUGACUUUGUGAUCGAUAUCCAUCAAUAAUUACUCCAAAUAUUGUGUUUUGUCUUGUUCUGCUGGGCAGACAGAAGUGUUCAUGGGGGGUAAUUUUAGAAAGCAUUCACAGCGAGCAGCGAGUUCCAAGUGCAAUUUUGUUUUAUAUUAUGUUUGAUUAUAUCAAGUUGGUCGUAAAUAUAAAGAUCAUGAUUCGGUUCUGAGUACCCUAUAUGCAUUUCUGAAAAUAAAUAAAUUUUGCUGAAUUUGGAUUGAACAGUUUAUUGAUUACAGUACUUAAUUGAGAUGAAAAUAAGCUGUAAACAUGCACAGAGAAAAAAUGUACAUUGUAUAUUAUUAAGCAAUAAUCUCCAAAUGCAUGGCUCAGAGAACCACAAGAAACCAGUGGAGGAGUGUAGCUCUGCCUUUGGAGAAUUAUAUAAAAAAA